GGAUUCUGGACAAAUGAAAAAAACCCGCUCGAAAUUGGAAAAAGACCGCGCCCAGAUCGGGAGUGUGGAAAUGCCACUGCCAUGUCAUCGAUCCGCGAUCCCCUCAACUCGGCAUCUGGACCGUUAUUUUUAAAAUCCACGGCCGGAAAUGCUCUAAAAGAUCACGUUCACGGAUUGGUCUCCAUUGAUUCUGCUUUGGGUAUCACUAUAUAAACACAGAGCCGACACCAACGUACCAUAGCGAGAAGCAAGCAGUCCUUCCAUCCAGCAGGAAUCUUCAGUAUCCUACAUACAGGUCAAGUUCGCUUCUUCUUCUUUCGACGAUGUCGGGACGUGGUAAAGGAGGCAAGGGACUUGGAAAGGGAGGAGCCAAGCGCCACCGUAAGGUUCUUCGCGACAAUAUCCAGGGAAUCACGAAGCCGGCUAUUAGGCGUCUGGCUAGAAGAGGAGGCGUGAAGCGAAUUAGUGGUCUUAUCUACGAGGAGACCCGCGGAGUGCUCAAGAUCUUCUUGGAGAAUGUGAUCCGAGACGCGGUGACCUACACCGAGCACGCUCGCCGGAAGACUGUGACGGCCAUGGAUGUGGUGUACGCGCUCAAGAGGCAGGGCAGGACUCUGUACGGCUUCGGCGGUUAGGUUUUGAUUGGCGAAAGGUCUUGCUGUCAAGAAGAUUGGGUGUUCUUCUGUGUAGAUGAAGAAUUAAUUAGGGUUUGGAGCUUAGGUUAAGAUUUUCCUUCUUCUGCAUCAUUGUAAGUAGUGUAAUCUGGAUCUUGCCGUCCUGAAAACUGGAUUAUUUAGUGUAAUGAAAAUCUGUGAAAUGAACGGUGUUUGAUUCAUAAA